CCGCCGCCGCAGCGCAGCUGGGGCGCAGUGGGAUCGGGCUGCGUGUCCCUCCGCCGCGCGCGGGGCCUAGGCGGGAGCGGCGGCGCCGGCGGCCCGGGCGGGCCGGGCCGGGAGCGGCGGCGGCGGCGGGAUGGCGGCGUCGGCGCUGUACGCCUGCACCAAGUGCACGCAGCGCUACCCCUUCGAGGAGCUCUCGCAGGGACAGCAGCUCUGCAAGGAAUGUCGGAUUGCACAUCCUAUUGUAAAAUGUACUUACUGCAGAUCCGAAUUUCAGCAAGAGAGCAAAACUAACACAAUUUGUAAGAAGUGUGCUCAAAAUGUGAAACAGUUUGGCACGCCCAAGCCUUGUCAGUACUGUAACAUAAUAGCCGCGUUUAUUGGCACCAAGUGUCAGCGUUGCACGAAUUCCGAAAAGAAGUAUGGGGCGCCUCAGACUUGUGAGCAGUGCAAGCAGCAGUGUGCUUUCGACCGGAAGGAGGAGGGCAGGAGGAAGGUUGAUGGAAAAUUACUCUGCUGGCUUUGUACUCUGUCAUACAAAAGAGUCUUACAGAAGACAAAGGAGCAGAGGAAGAGCCUGGGCACCUCCCAUUCCAACUCCUCCUCGUCCCUUCCUGAGAAAGACCAGCAUCACUCAAAGCACCACCACCAUCACCACCACCACCACCACCGGCACAGCAGCGGCCAACACAAAAUCAGCAAUUUGAGUCCAGAACAAGACCAGGGACUGUGGAAACAGAGCCAUAAAUCUUCUGCUGCAAUUCAGAAUGAAACUCCAAAGAAAAAGCCCAAAUUGGAAUCUAAGCCAUCUAAUGGAGAUAGUAGCUCUAUAAAUCAGUCAGCAGAUAGUGGGGGAACGGACAAUUUUGUCCUCAUCAGCCAGCUGAAGGAGGAGGUGCUGUCCCUGAAGCGCCUCCUGCAACAGCGUGACCAGACCAUCCUGGAGAAGGACAAGAAGCUAACAGAGCUAAAGGCAGACUUUCAGUACCAGGAGUCGAACUUAAGAACCAAGAUGAACAGUAUGGAAAAGGCUCACAAAGAAACUGUGGAGCAGCUUCAGGCCAAAAACAGAGAACUUCUCAAACAGGUUGCAGCAUUGUCAAAGGGUAAAAAGUUUGACAAAAGUGGAAGCAUUCUAACAUCCCCUUGAGAGAAUAGCGAUUGAUUUAGUGUUUCUGCUGAAAAUGUCAAUUUGAAAAGACUCAUGAAGUCCCUAAAUUCUGCCUAGUGGAAAAAUAUUUUUACACACCAAAUGAAUUGGUGUGUUUCCUGUUCACUUUUGUAACUAAUAUACAGCAUUUUUUAAGUUGUAAAACAUUCAAAUAAAACUUCAGCUGGUUUGAAGUAACUUUUUAAUUAUUUGAUACCCAGGAACUAUUUUGCCAGCAAUAGUAUUAGCAGUUGUAAAGGACAGUGCUCUCUGCCAGUGCGACAUGCAAUAAGGGAAGUAUGGGCCCAGAAGGCAGAGAACAGGGGGUGGACUUUAUCUUUGGUUUCAUUAUGCUAAUUUCAGAUGAGCAGUUUUGAAUUUAGAAGUACAAGACUUUUAAAUAAGGAAAAUGGUGAACACUUUUUGGUAAUUGUGUUUUUACUUUGCAUUAACAUGAAUUAAGAAAGAAUCAUGGUGCUUUUAUUAAAUGAACUUUAGACUAUACUAUGUAAAUAUGUUUUUAAGCCUACAUCAUUGACAUUAGUUAGCAAAGUAGUAUUUUCAUUAUUGGUAUAGGAAUUAAUGUUUAUUGUACAGUAUCUGAGGUAAGAUGUGUCUGUUUUGUACAAACUGCUGUAGAUUUUUACUUACAAGUGCCUCUUUGCCACCUAAUGUUUUUAUUUAUAGGAAUGCUAAUCUUUUGUACAUAGUUUGUUUUAAAGUCAUGUUUAAUAAAUGUUUGUAUAUAAAUGCAUAUGUACAGGAGCCUAUUUCAAAAGGAAAUCAGAGUGACUAGAAAAAUGUUUAAAGUUGCAUUCAGAAUUGAUCAUGGAAAUAGACUUUAGGUGGUCCCGGGGUCAGCCUGUGAUACGGGAAGCUGUUGGCCAUAGAAAUCACUGAAUUAUGUCACAGUAAUUCACCCGAGAUUUCAUUUUUAAAACUUCUGAUUUUUAUUUUUACGCCCUACGGCUUCAUGGUCAUAUUUUAUGAAUCAAGUUUGCUUCUUUUUCUUUUAUAAAAUUUUUAAAAAUUUUGUAAUUUUUUUCUGCAGUGGUCCAUUUAUCUACUUUCGAAUAUGUGAUUAUCUAAGUUAAUAUUUAUAUAUCCUGUACUUAAUUUGUAAGUUUAAAGCGAAUCUGAAAAAAAAAGUUUUAAUCUGAGCUUUGAAUAAAUUAAAAUCUACUGUUAUAUUCA